GUGUGUGUGUGUGUGGUUCUGUGUGUGACAUUGUGGGCGUCUCUGUCUGUAGCGCAGCCUCCUCACAGGCCACUCCCGGGAAGCGCGCUGCUGUUCCGCCUCUCAGACGGACUGAAGGACGGACGGAGUGUGCUCGCUCUCAGUGCGCCUCGCUCGGCUGCUGCGCUCCUGCUGCCGUCUUUCUCCGUCGAUCACUGUGCGCGUGCGCGUGUGUCACCCCCCCCUCGCACCCCCCACCAGUGCUCUCCUGUCCUGUCCUGUCGGGGUGUCGAAGGUGGAGGUAUGUAGCGGCGGAUCGAGCGCGCCGAGCAGCAUGUAGCACCUGGACCGCCUGAGCUGUCUCUCCUCCCGCCGGGCUGACGCGCCGCCUGCAUUGAGGAUUUUCGGGGAUUUUUUUUUUGUUUUACGGGGGUGGGCAGGGGGGAUUUAUUUAUUUUAGAGGAGUGAUUGUGUGUGUUCAUCCCCGCCGCUCUGCACCUCUCGGUCGAUGGUCGUUGAGGAAGCUUCCAUCUUGAGUCCCGUAUCUACCGAGAGAACCAUGGCGAGCGACUCCCCAGCGCGGAGUCUGGACGAGAUAGACCUGUCUGCACUACGGGACCCAGCUGGUAUCUUUGAGCUGGUUGAACUGGUUGGAAAUGGGACCUAUGGGCAGGUCUACAAGGGUCGCCAUGUCAAAACAGGCCAGCUCGCUGCCAUCAAGGUCAUGGACGUCACAGGAGAUGAGGAGGAGGAGAUUAAAGCAGAGAUCAACAUGUUAAAGAAGUACAGCCACCACAGGAACAUAGCGACCUACUAUGGAGCCUUUGUGAAGAAAAACCCUCCUGGGAUGGACGAUCAGCUGUGGCUGGUGAUGGAGUUCUGUGGUGCCGGCUCGAUCACAGAUCUGAUCAAAAACACCAAAGGGAACUCCCUGAAGGAGGAGUGGAUCGCCUACGUCUGCAGAGAGAUCCUCAGGGGUCUGACCCACCUGCACCAACACAAAGUCAUCCACAGAGAUAUCAAGGGCCAGAAUGUGCUGCUGACGGAGAACGCAGAGGUGAAACUAGUGGACUUCGGUGUGAGCGCUCAGCUGGAUCGUACGGUGGGACGGAGAAACACGUUUAUUGGGACGCCGUACUGGAUGGCCCCCGAGGUCAUCGCCUGCGACGAGAACCCCGACGCCACUUAUGACUUCAAGAGUGAUCUGUGGUCGCUCGGCAUCACAGCGAUAGAGAUGGCAGAGGGAGCACCACCUCUGUGCGACAUGCAUCCAAUGAGAGCGCUCUUCCUCAUCCCCAGAAAUCCUGCCCCCAGACUCAAGUCGAAGAAGUGGUCGAAGAAGUUCCAGUCCUUCAUCGACAGCUGUCUGGUGAAGAGUCACAGUCAGCGGCCGAGCACGGAGCAGCUCCUCAAGCACCCGUUCAUCAGGGACCUUCCCAACGAGCGCCAGGUCCGCAUCCAGCUCAAGGACCACAUCGACCGCACCAAGAAGAGGAGGGGCGAGAGGGAUGAGACGGAGUACGAGUACAGCGGGAGUGAAGAGGAGGAUGAAGAGAGGGACGUCGGAGAGCCCAGUUCCAUCAUCAACAUCCCCGGUGAGUCCACGCUGAGGCGGGACUUCCUGCGCCUCCAGCUCGCCAACAAGGAGCGCUCGGAGCUGAUCCGGCGCCAGCAGCUGGAGCAGCAGCAGAACGAGGAGCACAAGCGCCAACUACUGGCCGAGAGGCAGAAACGCAUCGAGGAGCAGAAAGAGCAGCGGCGGCGGCUGGAGGAGCAACAGCGCCGUGAGCGAGAGAUGAGGAAGCAGCAGGAGCGGGAGCAGAGGAGGAGGUACGAGGAGAUGGAGCAGCUCCGCCGAGAGGAGGAGAGGAGGCACGCAGAGAGAGAGCAGGAGUAUAUCCGUAGGCAGCUGGAGGAGGAGCAGAGACAGCUGGAGAUCCUGCAGCAGCAGCUCCUGCAGGAGCAGGCCUUACUGCUGAGGUUUCCCCCCGUUAAGCCCGUUUCCUCGGUUGUGUUUGACGUGCAGGAGUACAAGAGGAAGCAGAUCGAGGAGCAGCGGCAGGCGGAGCGGCUGCAGAGGCAGCUGCAGCAGGAGCGAGCCUACCUGGUGUCUCUGCAGCAGCAGCAGCAGCAGGAGCCGCCGCGCCCGCCGCAGGACAAGAAGCAGCUGUACCACUACAAGGACCAGGCACCCGGCACCAACGACAAGCCGGCCUGGGCCAAGGAGGUGAUGCGUCGAGCUCAGAGCAACUCUCCUCGUAUCCCCCCCAAGAAGUACCACUCCUUCAGGGAGCCGCGGGACGCCAGCCUCAACACGCUGCUCCAGCUGCCCGGGUACAAGCCGCGGCGCCGCCACCGGCCCCCGUCCUACCCCGCCCAUGUCAGUCCUUCUAGGGAUCACUUCCACGUGCCCCGAAUCCGGGUCACCUGCGUCCCCGAGGGCCCUCGGCCGGGCCCGCACAGGCCGAGCCCCCACAGGAGCCCCAACAGGAGCUCUGACAGGAGCCACAACAGGAGCAGCCCCCACAGGAGCCCGGACUCCAGGGGCCGCAGCCCCGGGCGCCGGGUGGAGGAGCAUUAUAAGAUGAACAGACAGACUUCUCCUGCCUUGCAGCACAAAGUCUCCAACCGGAUCUCGGACCCGUCGCUGCCGCCGCGCUCCGAGUCGUUCAGCAGCGGAGGCAUCCAGCAGGCCCGGACCCCGCCCAUGCACCGCUCCGUCGAGCCACAGAUGGCCCACUUGGUGCAGGUGAAGAGUCACGGUCUGUCCGGCUCCCAGUCCCUGUACGACCCCCACGGCGUCUCCUCCUCCUCCUCGGCGUCGCCCUCCCCCUCCCGGCCUCCCAUGCCCCGGCAGAACUCCGACCCCACCUCCGACACCCCUCCUCCCCCGCCCCUGUCCCGCCUGGCGCCCCCCCUCGACAAGCUGGACCGCAGCUCCUGGCUGCGGCAGGACGACGACAUGCCCCCCAAGGUUCCUCAGAGGACGACCUCCAUCUCUCCGGCUCUGGUCAGGAAACACUCUCCAGGGAACGGGCCGGGCCUGGGACCCCGGGCUGGAGCCCACCUCAUACGGGCCAGCAACCCCGACCUGCGGAGGACCGACGUUUCCAUGGAGACGCCCCUGAAGAGGACCAGCAGCGGCAGCUCCUCCAGCUCCAGCACCCCGAGCUCCCAGGGAGGCUCCAACGAACGAGGUAAUUCAGCCGCUAAGACUGAAGGCUCAACACUUUCUUCCCACGAGACCAAAGACGACGGCAGAGAGGUGACACGACCCAGCAGGCCUGCAGACCUGACGGCUCUGGCCAAGGAGCUGCGGGAGCUGCGUCAGGGGGAGGAGACCAGCCGCCCGCCCGUCAAAGUGACGGACUACUCCUCGUCCAGUGAGGACUCUCACAGCAGCGAGGACGAGGAGGGAGAGGGCGGGACUAACGACGGGACCGUGGCCGUCAGCGACAUACCGCGGAUCAUGCCGGCAGCGAGUCAGAGCGCCAACGAGUCGUUUGGGUUGGGAGGUCACAACGACGGCCACGACGACUCGUACGGGAACAGCUCCCAGGACAGCACCCUGAUGAUGCGCGAGUACGGGAUGGGCAGCAGCGGAGGCUCCAAGUCUUCCUUCACGCCGUUCGUAGACCCCCGGGUGUACGGGACGUCCCCCACGGACGACGACGACAACAUCUCCGCCUCAGCGCUGUUUGCUGACGAGCUGCUGAAACACGAGCAGGAGCAGGCGAGGCUCAACGAGGCCCGCAAGAUCUCCGUGGUCAACGUCAACCCGACCAACAUCCGGCCGCACAGCGACACGCCCGAGAUCCGCAAGUACAAGAAACGCUUCAACUCCGAGAUCCUGUGUGCCGCUCUGUGGGGAGUGAAUCUCCUGGUGGGGACAGAGAACGGUCUGAUGCUGCUGGAUCGAAGCGGUCAGGGGAAAGUUUACAACCUGAUCAACCGGCGACGCUUCCAGCAGAUGGACGUCCUGGAGGGACUCAACGUCCUCGUCACCAUCUCAGGGAAGAAGAACAAGCUGCGUGUUUACUACCUGUCGUGGCUGAGGAACAGGAUACUACACAACGACCCCGAGGUGGAGAAGAAGCAGGGCUGGAUCACCGUCGGGGAGCUGGAGGGCUGCGUGCACUACAAAGUCGUGAAGUACGAGAGGAUUAAGUUUUUGGUGAUCGCUCUGAAGAACUCGGUGGAGAUCUACGCCUGGGCGCCUAAACCCUACCACAAGUUUAUGGCCUUCAAGUCGUUCACUGACCUGCAGCAUCGCCCCCAGCUGGUCGACCUGACGGUGGAGGAGGGACAGAGGUUAAAGGUCAUCUACGGCUCCAGUGUUGGCUUCCACGUCAUCGAUGUGGACUCCGGAAACCCCUACGACAUCUACAUCCCCUCACAUAUUCAGGGUCAGGUGACCCCGCACGCCAUCGUGGUUCUGCCCAAGACGGACGGCAUGGAGAUGCUGCUGUGCUACGAGGACGAGGGCGUCUACGUCAACACCUACGGACGCAUCACCAAAGACGUGGUGCUGCAGUGGGGCGAGAUGCCCACCUCCGUCGCCUACAUCCACUCCAACCAGAUCAUGGGCUGGGGAGAGAAGGCCAUUGAGAUCCGCUCCGUGGAGACGGGACACCUCGACGGAGUUUUCAUGCACAAGCGAGCUCAGCGACUGAAGUUCCUGUCGGAGAGGAACGACAAGGUUUUCUUCGCCUCGGUGCGUUCUGGCGGCAGCAGUCAAGUCUUCUUCAUGACCCUGAACAGAAGCUCCAUGAUGAACUGGUAACCUUCCUCCUCUGACCCACAACCCUCCUCUUCCUCACUCGGCCGACAUCAGGAGAGAGGGACGGCAGGAGGCAGUGUGUAUGUGUGUGUGUGUGUGUGUGUGAGUGUGAGUAAACAACGUGUGUGUGUUUGUGGAGGAAAACAACAAGCUGCUGAAUUGAGCAACAGGAGUUGAACCACAGGACUGUGCCCCCACCAACCAACGUAUCAACACCUUCCACCUCCAGGGGGCGCUGCAGGCCCUGUGGGCGGCGCCGCGCCCUGACGCCGGCCGACGCCUUCCCCGCGGACCGCCAUGACCGGUUGCUCUCGAGGGUUUUGAUCCAGACUUUAAAGGACACUGACAUCAUGCCGAGUAGCCUUUGACUUCCCCGGCGGAUGGAACGGAGAAGCUGUGGAGAAGUCCUCUGUGUAGCACAUCAAUGAUUCCUUACAGGGUGUUCACACUGCGAGGUGUGCCGAAUCCAAUCAGACGUCUUCAACCCUUUAUCAGGCAAAGAACUAUAUUUGGUAACUUCAGGUAAUAUUUUGAGAAAAAAGUUGCAAAUUUACUAGAUUAAAGUGGCAAAUCUACAAGAAAAAAAGUUGCAGAUUUAAGAGAUUUAAAGUGGCAAAUCUGCGCCAAAAAAAAUACAUUUCUCGCAAAAUAACCACUUUAAAUCUCAUAAAUCUACGUAUUUUUUUCUCGUAGAUUUGCCACUUUAAUCUCAUAAACUUUUUUCUCAAAAUAUUAUUUUCGUAUGUUUUUUUCACACUUUCUGGCUGUAUGUAAUAUCCUCCAAUAUUCUCCAGGGUUGAAAUUUGGAAUUUGCAAGUAUUUCAAUAAGUGCCCUAUUAAGGGUUAAAGUGGUGAAUCUGGGAGAAAAGAGUUGCUUUUCCCCACUUUUUUUCUCGUGAAUCUGCGACUUUUUCGCGCAGAUUUGCCACUUUAAAUCUCUUAAAUCUGCGACUUUUUUUCUUGUAGAUUUGCCACUUUAAUCUAGUAAAUUUGCAACUUUUUUCUCAAAAUAUUACCUGAAGUUACCAAAUAUAGUUCUUUGCCUGAUAAAGGGUUAACUGCGCCGUGUUGUAGUGAGUAAAGUUAUUGGGGUAGCAUUAAUAAAGGUGCAUCUCAAGAAAUUAGAAUACGAUAGAAAAGUUUAUUUAUGUCAGUAACUAAAGAAGAAGAAACUUGACCAAAACUAAGACAAAAGUCACUCUGUAGGUGAGACAGUAUGUCCACACAAAAAAAAUGUGCUUUUUGAAAACUAAAAUCAAUCAACUGUGACCAAAUGUUUUGGUGUGGAUGAGCAGGAAUGAGCUUUUGGAGAAAACACAGCCUGCCCAGAGCGUAUCUUAAAACCCUUUCAGACUGCUGUUUCAAGCCGUGAUAUUCUUGAAAAUGGUCAAGUCAAGUCAUGUCAAACUUUAUUUGUAGAGCACAUUUAAAACAACCGGGGUUGACCAAAGUGCUGUACAGAUAUCACAGUUGCAGGAAAUACGGUAAAAACUAAAAUACAUAAACACAGUGCAACAAUAUAAUAAAAUAAAUUACAAUAUAAUAAAAUAAAUAAUUUUUUUUUAAAUGUAAUACAUUUUGUUUUUGCAAGAUGUCCACUUAAACUUGUUUAAAAGCCAGGGAGAAAAGUGUGUUUUUUUUUUUAGGAGGAUUUAAAAACCUCAAAUGGUCAAAUUUUAAAAUGCCUAAAGAUGUUAAAAAUGGCCCAAGCAUGCAGGAAAUCGGUAGCUCAGUAUCUCAGUAGCGGCUCAGAAAGUACUGACCCGAGGCAGGUACUUUCUGAGCCGCUAACCGGUGAAUUUGGGCGGAUCCUCUCUCCCAAACCUCACCCAUAGCGGCUCACUGGAGGGAAAAGUACCUGAUGGAAACACGCCUAAAGACAGUGGAGCGUUUCAUCAGAAUCACGCCUCUUACUCGAGUCCGACAGUAAUCGAAUCAGUCUUAUUGGUCUCGUAGCGCUGCUGCUCUGUUACACGCCUCGAUGCCUCCUCACACUUCGCUCCACGAUGCCAGGCUGCAACCUGAAUGUUGCAAAAAAAAAAGUCCUAUAAGGCGAAAUGACAGCAGAGCUUGUUAUUGGCUCUGUGUGAGAAGGGCUUCUGCUCCCAGGGUCCGAUGUUUCCAAGUUCAAUAUUCUGUUAACGCACAUUAACCCUCAAUAUAAAAUAUUUCAGAGACAUUAUGGAACAGAGCUGGGGGACGCGGGACGCUGGGAACCUAAAACAGUCCUCACCACUCCCACCAAAUGUUAAUUACAGUCAUGGAAAAAAUGAUUAGACCAUUGUUUUCUUCAAUUUCUUGCUCAUUUUAAUGCCUGGUACAACUAGAGGUACAUUUGUUUGGACAAAUAUAAUGAUAAGAACAAAAAUAGCUGACAAGAGUUUAAUUUAAGAGCUGAUAUCUAGACAUUUUACAAGGUUUUCUUCUUUUUUUUUUUUUAUUUACUUUUUAUUCGUUUUUUCUUAGUAACAUACACAUAUGUGCCAGUUGGACACAAAAACAUACAAGAUAACAUAAACAUAACAUGACGAGGGGAGGAUUUUGCUACAUAAGCACAUCAUACAUAAAAAUAUAAAGAUGCCGCUCGAAAAUAGGGAAUAAAAUAAAAAAUAAAAUCCAAAUAAAGGGUUUGAUCUUAUCAUUGCAAUCUAUAUGAAAUCAGGUCUUAUAGUUAACACGAAGAUGAGCCAUUUUGACCAGUUCUCUUAAAAAAUAUCAGUUUGGUUCCUUAGUUUAAAUGUAAUUCUCUCUAUAACACACACACACACACACAGAUAUCAGCACAUAUCAGCUCUUAAAUUAAACUCUGAUCAGCUAUUUUUUAUUAUCAUAUUUGUCAAAACAAUUGUACCUUUAGUUGUACUAGACAUUAAAAUGAACAAGAAAUUGAAGAAAACAAUGGUUUGAUAAUUUUUUUCAUGACUGUAUAUCAACAAAUAAAGUGUUGUUUCACUCGGCCAGUUACAGUUAAAACAUUAAACAUUUAAUGCACCUAAUAUCAGAAUAUAUUCCAGGCGUCAUGACGGCUUUAUUCCAUAUAAAUUCUUGCUGUUCUGGUUUUUGUUGAGGUUGUUUCAAACUGUGAAAUAAGUGGUUCUGUUCAUAACUGGAACUGAGAAUAUACAGUCAUGGAAAAAAACAUUAGACCAGCCUUUUUCUUCAAUUUCUCUAUAAUAACCAAAAUCAUUAUCAAGAAAACCAUGUUAACUGUCUAGAUAUUAGCUCUAAAUUUAAACUCUUAUCAGCUAUUUUUGUUGUUAAUAUUGUAUUUGUCCAAACAAAUGUACCUUUAGUUGUACCAGGCAUUAAAAUGAACAAGAAAUUGAAGAAAAAUAAUGGUCUAAUAUUUUUUUUCCAUGACUGUUUAUAUUCCACAGUCCUUGUCGUCGUUUUUCAUCCAAACGACUUCUGUAGCAAAAACUUAAGGGCGUCUUCUCCGCGCUGUCGGAAGCAAAACUUUCACCCUGAGAAUCUGUGCGAAGAGCUGUGUGUCGUCUCCCUGAUCCCUGCUCUCUGUCUGCAGGAGGUGGAUGGACUUGAUGGAGGUGUUGCUCACAGUGUGAACACUCAUUUCGAGUGCUGCUGCUGCUGCUGCUGAAACACCUUCUGUGUCUCGUCCCCUUUAGGAGAGAAAAACAUGAAAACAGUGAGUUAGUCACAGGGGGAAUGAGGUAUUUUAUACUUUGUCCUGGUGUGUUUCUGGUACUAAAAGGAAGGUUGUAGAUAUUGUAUUAUUGCUGCAACAGCAACACAAUAACAAAAAUCUUUCUCACAAGGAGAACUUGGCGUAGAGUAGUUGUUGCCAACUUCUAUCUGGAGGUUUCUGCCCCGUUUGUUCGCUCCACCUUUUUUCUGUCCCUGCUGUUCUGUGUACACUGCACCUGUGUAAAUACUCACUUUGAUGUUAAGGAUGGACUUUGCAAAGCAGGUGAGAACACUGAAGAAAAAAAAAAAAAGAAAAAACAGUCUGGCUUUUUUGUCACACCUCUGUAAAUCUGUCCGUUAAAUCUGUAGUUCCUCUCAGAUGUUUUUUUCUUUUUCUGAGCUGAGCGAAGACUCACACAGAAGUUCGGUUUGGGUUAAAACUCUUUUUUGUUUUUUUAAUUUCCUCCUGUAGUUCAUCACUGUUUAUUGAGUUGUGCAUUUUGCAUGAUGACAUACAUGUUUUUACCUGUCGUCACUUGUUAUUAAUUGCAAGUUUAAAGGCAAUACACAGACUGGAGGAGCUGGACGUGGACAUGGACAUGAGCCCUGAAGCAUUUUUUCCUCACCACACUGAGCUGUAAAUGGAAAGUUUUCAAAUUGUAAGAAGUUAGCUUAGCACCUGGGCUUCAAGUCAAGAUUGUACACUGGAUAAUUAUACAUUUAAAUUUAUAUUUUAGGCAUUUUGUUGACACCUAGAGCAGCUUAUAAACGGGCUCAGCGUCACUUUGGAUGACUUUUUCUAUUUUCUGCGACGGUCUCUGUAAACGCUGAUGUGACGGGAGUGUGAGAGAGGAAAGUGGUCCACCUUUUACUUGAUAUUUUCUUUCUUUAUUCAUUGAUCUUAAGGGAUGCGACAGGUGUAAGCGAUGCCGCUUUAAGGCCAGCUGAAGCCUUUUACAUGUGCAGGGUGUUGGCGUUAAAAACACCCUGUGAAUAAAGGUCAGGAGGCAGGGUCGCUGGGAGAGACCGUAGAUAAUAAAAAGAUAUAUAUACUGUAAGAAUUUUCGUUAUGAUGAUAUCUUACCGAUCAUUUUAGAGAAAGACAAAAAAAUAAUAAUGUUCACUUAUUCAAAAGCUUAGUUGUCUUUCUACAGAAUAGAGAACAUAGCUAUAAGAAUUUCUAAAAAAAAAAAAAUUACAAUGUUUUUAUUGUGGUAUUAUUUGUAUUUGUAUUUCAAUUUUUGUACGUAUCAAGACUGUGAACGUAUGUACGGCUGUCAGCCUGUGUGUGUGUGUGUGUGUGUGUGUGUGCGCGUGAGUGUGUGUGUGAUUGAGUGUGUCAGUGAGCAGGUGUGUGCACAGGUGUGUGACAUGCAUGUGAGUGUAUGUUUUCACCUUGUCUGAAUCACUGGAAUCAGUCAAAAGACGACCUCAAUCUGGUAACACACAUCUGUGAUGUUGAAAAUUCUACAAUAAAUGUCCUCUCCUUGUACAGCAAA